AUGGGGCCGGUUCUACCUUGGCUUCCGUGGUUGCGCCAGCCCCAGACAGCUGCUCGUCUUCUUUCGGCAUGUGUCAGCACUCGUCCGCAGUAUCUGUCGAGGACCAUCCCUCCCUCGACCGUAGUGAUCUCCAGUUUUACACGAUGGGACGCGCGCCUAGAAGAGACUUUUCGGCUGCUUUUAGCGUCAGGGACCUGGGCUUGUCGCGAGGAUGCCCGAGAGGCCGCCCUAGACCAAAUCUUCCUCCCCAUCUGUCUUAGGGGUUUCGGCAUUCGUCGCAUGGCGCGCGUUGCCCCGAGCUUCACUUCUGGCGAGACGGAGCAGAUCGACCCAACUCUACGGACGGCGCUGGAGGGUCUCCCAUUUAACAUCCUCUCUCUCCUUCCCUCUUGGCCCUCUUGUGCUUCUGCCUCCCCCGAUUCUCUUUUUUGCAGGAGCGAGCCGUCUUCUGGAGGCGCAUGCUUUAGAGGUCGCGGGCUUCGCGGUGACGGUGGAGGACUCUACGCUGUUCACACAGUUGGAGGCGGCUCGAGCAAGACUGCAGGGACAGCCGGUGGUGGGAGAGGGGACAGCGGCUGGGGGACCUCUGGAGCAGAGGGCCGAGGUGGGACAGCUGGGCGGCGGGGGGCACUGGGGACAUCAUCAGCUGCGGGGUCGGGUGGCGUGAGGGGCAGGUGGGCAGAGGGGACGGCAGGGGGAGCAGACGGGCCAGGACGAGGAGGGGGGAUAGUUGAGGCAGCAGCAGGAGAGCCAGCAGAGGCCGCAGGCCCAGGGCACCGCGCCUCAGGGUUCAGGCUCGGGGGUGGGACAGGGGCGGGAGCAGCAGACAGCGGACGGAGGUACAAGGGGGGCAGCGGGAUUGGGAGGGGAGGACUAGGGAGUGAGAGAGGCAGCAGGGGAUCGAGCAGGGGGGUUGGGAGGGUUGGGGGAGGGUAG